AUGUCCCGCCAGCUCUCCCUAUGGGAGGCUGAAGAGCGCAAACUCCAGCCCGUCUUUGACGACGUCGCCUCCCACCGCCUCGCCCCCGCCUCCUCGGCCCUCACCCGUUACCUCAAGAAACACCCCAAGUCCCAGCCGGCCCUCAUCAUCAAGAUGUACAUUACGCACAAGAUGAAGGCAGAGGAGGGGGAGGAAGAGGUCAUGAAGAUAUUUCGAGAGGUGAUGGUGCUGGGGGGGAAGGGGAAGGAGAUGACGGGGAGGGGCGUUUGGUGGGUGACUUUGACGAUGAGGCAGAUGGGCAAGUUGGCCCUCGCCCAAAAGAUCUACCAAGACCUCUACACUCUCCACCCCCAAGCACACCAACUCCUGGAACAAGUCUUUCUCCACGCCUCCGCUGCCAACGAUGUCCCUACCAUGGUUGAAGCGUCCCGAAAGAUGUUCAACACCACCAAAGAAGCUCGAUGGGCAAGGACAGCUGGGUGGGCAGAAUGGUAUGCCAAAGCGCCCCAACCGAGCAGGUCGGUAGGGAAUGGAGCGUUCCCUAAUGAGGUGGAGGAUAAGAAUGCGCUCAAGGUCGCGGGCUUGUUGGUUGGGAUGGCGGGUCAGGAGUGCGAGACGUCGGAGCAGUUCUGGCUGCGAUCCCAAAUUCUACUCUCUUCUGGCCCUGCUUCGUACCCCACCAUCUUGAAGCUUGCGCGAGAACAAGCGGCGGACGGCAGUUUGGCGAGGGUCUGGCAUCGAAUGGAGGUCGUUAAGGAAGUGCUCAAGAGAUCCGGCUCGGAAAGACAAAACGAAUGGGAAGAGGAGAGACAGUGGGUGGCUUGGUACCUCGAGGAGGAAGAUACGGCCGCCCGAAACUAUGCUUUCUACCAGUACCUCUUGCACGCGACUGCACUCUCGACGGACCCUGAGGCGGUGGACAAGACUGUCAACCUUCUGGAGAACCUAGAGCAAGAGAUUGGCAGUAAGGAGCGAGCUCCAGCGCUUGCUCUGCUCUCUAUCGACUCGGUGCUCCAAGAACUCGCUCAAAAAGGUGAAGCCAUCUCAAACGACGCAUGGUCCACCCGAGCCGCCUCCUACUGGGCCCAAUGGUGUCUCAAGGGCUCAAUCAUCUCCGAGGUCGAGGGUUUCACAGCAUUGAACUCUGCCCGGAGAGAAGAAGGGUAUGCCCUUGUGCAACAAUGGGCCAAAAAGGAGGCGAGCAAUGAGAAGGAGUUUAAGGAGAAGGUGCAUGCUGAAACGCUCUUGUUGAGGGCUCAACCUGCAAGCUGGGUACCGCAGGAGGAUGAUGUGGAGAAGUGGUGGGCGUUGUAUAAUGCUGGUCUCGAUUAUGGCAGAAGCCUCCCACCCACAGACGUCCAGCCUGCCGACGAAGCGGGUCUUAUCUCUGUCAACCUCCUGCUCACAAUAUGGUCUUCCUCAUCUUUUGACGAAAAGCUACUAUGGAAGGCCAUCUCGAGGCUAGAAGAGAUCGUGGAAAAGAGUCCGGUCUGCAUGUAUGCAAGGUACCUGUUGAUCAGGCUCUAUCGUCUUGUCGGUGCGCCCCUGAAAUCUCUCCCACACCUCACCAAACUCUCUCUAUCCGAAAUCCAGCUCGACAAUCUCCUUCAUGUUUUCACCGAGCGCGGCGGUGCUGGAGAGGCGGUGUUGAGCAAGAGUGACAAAGAGUGGAAGGCGGGUGGGCUGGUGGAAAAGGCUACAGGGAUGUAUAAGAGGACAGCUGUCGAGUUCCCCGAGUACGUCAAAGACGCCCUUUCCAACGAAACAUACUCCAAAAUUCCAUCUAUCAAAUAUCUCCAUUCCGCCCUCGCUUCUUCGCUUUCACAUCGCGCCUUGCUUGUCGAGCGGGCGAGCCAUUACCUUUUGUCGGCACCUUCAGAAGGGGCGCUGCCGAAGGAACUGGUCAAGGGCUUGAAGAAAGCAGCACAAGGAUUGGAAAAAGGAGAGAAGAGUGAGGAUCUUUGUAAUUGGGAGUUGGUGUACGAGAUCGGGGGAUCCCUUCCUCUUGUGCGGGACAUCGCUGAACUCUCGCCUUCCGGUCGGGUUUCCGAUGCUUGGCUCAACGUCUUAUCGCAAUUCUGGCUCAACGUAGCCGAGUUCCAGGCAGGCGGCAAGGUGCAGGAUAUCACUAUCAGCCAGGGAGAAGCGUUGGAAGCGGCCGAGAAGGCUUUGGUUGAAGUGGGCGGCAAGGUGCUGAGUGUAGUUGAUGCAGCUUUGAAGGGCGAAGAGAAGGAGGAUGGAUUGGCCGGUGUUUUUGACAACCUCGCUACCUCAUUCACUGCUCCCAAGCAGCCUCACUCGGUCAAUCUCACCUUGACCUCUCUCUUGACCCUCCUCCGCGUUGUCGAUCUCGCCUUCUCCCGCUUGGCAGAGGCUGCCAAACCCCAAAAGGGGAAGAAGAAGUCGGCCUACUUGGGAGAGCUGGUUGACACCUUGCGCAAGGCGAGGGACCAAGUCAAGAAGAGAGGUCUUGAGAUUGUGGCGGAGAUCGAGACAAGGGAGCCAGAAGUGGAGGUGCGGGAAGGAGACAAGGCGUUGGUUGAGGGGAUCGAGAAGGCGAGGAAAGAAGUCUUGGUCAACUUCAAAGGAUUGUUCAAGUAG